AUGUAUGUCUGUGUAUUUCUCUGUGAUUCGGACGAUAAAUUUCCGACGAUCGCCGACAGCUCGGUGACGGGACGCAAGCACGACCUAGCGACAGGCGUGCUCUGUCAAAAAGCCUCUAAUCUGUACGAGCUGAGGCUCUCCGCCAAUGAUCGGAGCCGAGUGAAAGAGGCCGAGAAUUCGGUCAUUCAAAACGAUGACGAGUUUAGAACGGACGGACGGUCGAACAAGCUGGCGAACAUCAUCUCACGUUCCCUCACCUCCGAACCGGAGUUCGCCGAAGAAAUCAAAAAUGUUUCCGUUUCGGUGGGGAGACGCGUCACCCUAUCGUGCGUGGUCAACAACCUAGGGAACUACAGGGUGGCAUGGCUUUACGUCGAGAAGUACACCCUACUGACAUUGGCGAAGGCCGUCAUCACCCACAGUAAUCGCUUCAAAGUGACUCACAAUGGUCAUCGUACGUGGAAUCUUAUUGUGUCGGACGUACAAGUCAAGGAUAAGGGAGCCUACAUGUGUCAGAUCAACACGUCACCGAUGAAAUUCCAAGUCGGCUAUCUGGACGUGGUCGUGCCCCCAUCGAUCAGGGAGGACCUCACGAGUUCGGACGUGGAAGUCAAGGAAGGAUCCGAUGUCUCGCUGUACUGCGCUGCGUCCGGAACUCCCGAACCCACAGUGCAGUGGCGGCGCGAGGACUCACAGGACAUAAUGAUAAACGAUUACAGGACCAACGUCGUCAAAGGUCCCUGGUUGAACAUCACCAAGGUGUCCCGGCUCCACAUGGGCGCUUACAUCUGCAUCGCUCAGAACUCCGUUCAACCCUCUAUGAGCAAACGGAUCAAGCUCGACGUUCUGAUUGCCCCAAUGAUUUGGCUCACGGAUCAGAUCCUCGGGAAAAGCGUUGGCUCCAACGCUCGACUGAGAUGCAACCUCGAAGGCCAUCCACGCGGAGACGCUCACUGGACGCGCAACGGAGACUUAUUGAGGAAUCGGUCGCGUUUUUCGGAAGAGAUUCAGCAGUUGGGCCCAUACAAACACGCUAUAGUUCUCGAGAUCAAAAAUGUCCGACCCGAGGAUUUCGGCGAGUAUCACUGCUUCGCUAAGAAUCCUUUCGGAGAAACGGAAGCAACGCUCAAAGUUUACGGUAAGUCCUUCGAAGUUCACUGA